AUUUUGUUGUUGUUGUUGUUGUUUACUGAUCGUGGAACUAAGUCCAUUGACCGCAAAAAUCCAAGAAAUAAUUUUCACGAAUGCAACCUGAUUUUGAAAUAACAGCAUUGGAAAAUUUUCUCAACUAAUAGUUAGGUUAGGUUAGUUUAGUGCAUUAGGGUUAGGAAUUCCUUUGCUAGAAAUAGAUGUUCUUUUUGCAGCGAAGUACAGAAAGUACAGAUCCAAAGGACGCACAUAAUUGGUGUAUAUAUGUGUAGUAUGUUAUUAAAAAGGAGAGAAUCGACGAAUUAUAUUCCAAACAUGUUCUACUGUAAAAUCAAUCGCUGUUUCAGUAAAUAAACCGCCGCAUUUCGACGAUGGACGGCGUCGAGGAUACUUCAGAUGACUAUCAAAUAACCGACGAAGAUGUUAACGAGUCGGACAAUACCAGCGAAUGCUUGUCGCAACGAAGCGAGGGUGACAAUAACUGGUAUUACAUGCCGGACUCGAUUCUGCUGAAUAUCUUUCAGUAUCUAACGCCAAAGGAAUUGGUGACUGCAGGAGAGGCAUGCAGAUCAUGGUACAGAGUAUCGCAUGAUGAGUUCCUUUGGAAAGAUUUAUUUUAUCAGACGUACAAGAUAGACUCAGAUGUCGGCAUUAUGCCAGGGAAAACAUCUUGGUUAGGAGAAUUCAAACGUUUGGCAUAUCAUACUCCGUUAAUAGAAACAGAAGUUCUCAAGGAGCAUUCACAUCAAGUGUUACAUGUGAGCUUCUCUCAUAAUGGCAAAAUGUUUGCAACCUGUUCAAAAGAUGGAUAUAUCUUUGUAUGGCAAAGUCAACAUCCUGUUGCUAUAAAAUACUUGCAUGACAUGAAGACAUUUAGUUGGAAAUAUACACAGUUUUCUCAAUUUAACUGUACAGAUACUUUACUUCUUGUGUCUGGUGUCCAUUUUGGUACACCUCAUAGUACUUCAGGAGAAAUAGCAGUGUUUAGGGUAGCACCUGGCUUUGAUCUGCAAUGCAGAGUAGUGAAUAAGCCAUAUGACAUAUUUGGUACAUGGUAUAGUGAACGUUACCUUUUGAGUGGAAAUCUACAUUGGUUAGCACACUUGGUCAGCACAAGUGUGCUUUGGCUCAAUAAGGCAAAUCAGGAAUCAGCUAGUGAACAUGUGCCCAUUAUGACACAGCUUUUUAGGUUCUACAAUGAAAAUGCUUCCUCAAUCAGAGCUAUUAUGGUUGCAAACUGUCUAGCACCCACGCCAACCGAAUCUACGGAACAGCAGAAUCAACCGUCAUCUUCAAAUAUGAAAGAAGAAAAAGGAAAUCCGCCAAGCCAUAAGGAUCUAUUGUCACCAAACAAUAGCUCUCAGCAACAGCAGGAAGAACCGGUAGUGCUACACCAUGCUUCGUCGAGAUUGCAAUAUAGUACAUUAGAAGGUGGAUUUAUGAAUUGGAGAAAACUUGGUGAUGGUUUUGACUAUGCUAGUCCUAUACAGUACAACCAGGAAUACAGGCAGGUUGAGAUGGAGAAGAAAGCGCACGAAAGCGACAGCGAAAGUGAGAAUCCACAGUGGGAAGAGGAGAGUGAGUCUGGAGAAUCAUCAGUAACUGAGGAAUGUGACACAGACGAGUUGGCAAAUAACCCCGAAAAGUUUCUUAUUUUCACGACUGGUUCAAAGACGUAUACUCCCCAUAAAGUUGGCUUUAAGAGAAUUAAAUUAGUCAGUUUUCCAAGAAGACUGGAUCCAGGACCAUCGCUACGCGAAAGAAUAGCUCAACGGGAAAGGGAGCGAGAGAGACGGAAUACCGCGUCUUUAGAUACUAAUUGGUUGGAUUACGAGUCGGUGGCGGAUAGAUUCGAUAAAGUAGAUCAUUUGAUCGAUCUUCAUGGUCAUAUUAUUGGAAUGGGACUUUCUCCCGAUCAUAGAUAUCUCUAUGUAAAUACAAGGCCAUGGCCAACAGGUUACGUUAUCACUAAUCCGUUACAACCACCGCCGAUAGCUCAGGAAAUUGACAUACAUGUCAUUGAUUUAGUAACGUUGAAGCAAGUCGGAACCAUGUUAAGGGCACACAAGGCGUAUACGCCUAAUAACGAAUGUUUCUUUAUAUUUUUAGAUGUAUGCAAUGAAUAUGUAGCGAGUGGUGCAGAGGAUAAACACGGUUAUUUGUGGGACAGACAUUAUGGAGUUUGUUUAGCAAAAUUUCCCCAUAAUGAUGUUGUCAAUUCCGUAGCUUUUAACCCACGCGACCCUGAAAUGUUAGUUACAACCAGUGAUGACUAUACAGUCAAAGUAUGGCGGAGUCGUGCUAUGGUGAAGGCCUUAGGUUUAGACGAAUAUAGUUAUCCGAGAGGGUUAGAGGUACGAAAGAGACGUAGGUUUCAGAAGAGCAGUUGUAACAUUGACUGACUAAAAACUAUCAAGUUUCCAAUUUAAAUGUUUAUUUGUACAAGAUCCUAAAGAUAUUCUCUUAAAGAUUAUCUUGCACUUAAGUUUGUACUAUACAGAAUCGUCCAGAGUACUAUGUGUAAAGGCACAAAUAAUCCGAAUAUAUUUUUGAUUAUCUAAAAUUAUGCAAACGCGUAUACACGGGCAAACUUCCGUUUCUGAGUAGUAGGUUAUAGAAUCUCACGUUAGGAGAAACCAUUAUUUUUAAAAAAUUACUAAAAAUGUUAAAAAUGUAUAUCAUGAAGAAAAAUAUAUUGUUGUCGUGUCUAUUGUUACAGCGUGCAAGCAAUUAAUAGAAAAUAUUUGACAAAAAAUUUGUAAGCUGCAUCAAUGACUCAAAGAUAAAAAAAAUCAAAUUAUUUUUAAAUGGCCAGCUUAAAGUCUAUAUUCGUAUAGUCUAUAUCGUGAAACAAAUUCAGAAAUGUAUCUUCUGAUAAAACUAUGUAUUUGGAAUUCUCAGUGUGCAAUGAGAAUUAAGCUUUGUAUGGUUAUGCUCUUCUUCAUAUAAUCUAAUACUAUGGAUUCUUUUUUAUUUGAUUAUAUUUUUAUGUAUAUUUGAAGUAUUUGUAAAUUUUGCUUAUAAUGAAAAAACGAUGAAUAAAUGUAAAUGUGCACUA